AAAACAAAAACAAAAAACCCCCAAUGGAAAGAAUUCCCCCCCUUGUACUUUUUCACAAGUCAUCAUCUAUCCUUCAUUCCUCCGCACCACGAAUCAUAUCUAGACAAAGUUCACCAGACAACAACCUCCUUUUCCCUUUCAAUUCCACACCUUCCCUCUCCUUCUUCACUUCCAUCCCCCAUGUUUUUUUUUCUCCUCGAUCCUUCAAAAGACAACCAGUCAAUUCCUAGUUUCUCAUUCGUUUCCAUUGAAUUACAUCGACUUCUUGUCUGUCACUCGCAGCAUCGGGUAGCUAGCUUCGUUGUAUAUGUAUAUAUAAAACAGUUCACAUCCGUCACUCUAGCAUCCAGUAGCUUCGUUGUAUAUAUAAACAGUUCACACCCGCUUGAAUCGCCGCCAUUUAGCGAAAAAACCGAAGUGAAGGAAAUAAUUUCUGAGGAUUCCCCGACUCCCAUUUUCUUUGGUGGGUUCGUGUUCAAUUCAAGUGCUGGGGAAAUGAAUGAAUGAGGUUGGCAGAAGAUUCAUCGACGGUGACUGGAGAUAACGAGCUUAUGGUGUUGGCUCCAUUGAAUAUCGUUGACGAGAGGACUUUUUUCGCUUUUGGACUCCCUUUACGUCGUUGAACUCUAGUUUUUUAUUAGAGGGGAGUGCUUUGUACACACAAACCACGAGACUUUGCUGCGUUUGCGUACUUACUUUGAUUAGGUAGCACCGUCCAUCGAAGAUAUUCAAAUGAAAAGGAGGGUAAAAGAAAAGUCGUGACUUUUUGAUCAAAAAGGUGCAGAACCGCAACAGGCAUACAAAAGAAAUCAUGAAACUACCAUUACCGCGGUCUCCACCAUCCGUAAACGCGCUUCUUCGCCGCCUCUUCUCUAUCCACCGACCUCAUGGCACACACGACCGUAUGCAGCACCUACCGACCCUACACCAACGCAACACUCCAAACCCGCAUAACACACACCCUCCGACAACACCCGUAGAACACGCGAGACCGGUUGCAAAGCCCGUUUGCACCCACGGGAUCCUCCGCAAGGUGUCGACAGACCAGAAGACCAAGAACGCAGAUCCCAGUCUGUCUACCAACGUCUCCGUCGUCGUAGCGUCGUCGUCGUCGCCGUCAGACCCAACAACGCAGCAGCAGCAGCAGCAAACCAAGCAAACGCACCACCACCACACCAACCCAAUCCGACAAAAACAACCAGCAAACACAGCGUUGCCCCGCGCAUCCCCACCGACGUACUUUUACCCGCAGAUCCUAAAACCACCGCAGGAAGAAGAAGAAGGAGAAGGAAAGCGUAUCUUUUCGUCUAAGUCGAAUCAAAGAGUAUCUUGCAGCUUCUCUUCUUCUUUGUCGACCACCACGACGGGCGUCGCGGAAACGCUUCCCAGCUCGUCGGAUCGUCGCAAAGCGAAUGCGAUUGCGGACGAUUGCGCAGCAGAGCAAACAAGGAACACCGAAACUAGCAAGAACAGCGAGAGCAGCAGCAGCAGCGCGAUUGCGUGUCGUGCCAAACGUCUUCUUCCUAGCGAUUACAACCCCGCGGGCAACUUGUUCACCGAGCGUUCGCGGACGCGUGAAUUUGCGUUGAACGGGGACACGGCGGGUGGGGAGUUAUCUCGCUGCUCUUUCUCUUCUUCUUGUGCUUCUCUUGUCUCUGCAUCUGGAGUUUCGGAAUCGCCGCCGCGAGAGGUUUUGCGAAAUAAGCUUCAUCACUGCGACGACAACGACGACGACUAUCACGACUUUGAAGACUGCGUCCACACACAUAUUCCACAUCGCCAUCUACGGUACGUCCAGCAUCGUCGUCGAACCGGCUACGGGGUGGAUCCGCCUCUUCCGCUACCGAUAUACGUAGAGAGAUAUUCGAAUUUGGGUCCUCUUGCGAGGACGGCCACUGGUAUGGCGUCGUCCGUCUCGCUCUCACCCUCCCCGUCUUCAUCAUCAAGCUUAUCCAGUCUCGGACCCUCGUUCCCAGAAUUCCCCAGCGUGCUAUGGGGGUUUGUACUUUUCGGGCUUGGGGUAGGUGUCAUGUGGACGCUGAUUCUCUGCGCUAUGGCGUUUUUGUAUCAGCCGACGGGGUGGAGAGAUGUGAAUGCUUCUUCCAGGGUAGAAGGAGAUCGGGCAGAUAAAAAGAGGAUGAGAUGGGGAUGGCCUCGGGGCCCUUCGUACUGGUGGAGAAGAAUAAGAGGGAGAUGGUGGAGGGGAGCGUCGACUGACGAGGAGGAUGUACGCGAAAGAAGGAGAUAUUCUCUUCCUAGACUCGCGCUCGGAGGAGAGAGGAAUGGGUACGGUGCUGAUACGGUGGAAAUGCGUACAUUUGAUCAGUGCAAUCGCUCUGAUCCUCCUUUACGGACCCAAAGAGUUCAUAACGUUCCACCGGCGGAGGCGAUGAAGGCGGACACGGCAGUUUCGAGCGCUACACCGUAUUCCCAUGGACCGACGCAAUUUGCUAUGAAUGCCGCGAACGAAGUACCUUCGACAUCGCUUCUAAGACGUAGAGGAGCGCUGCAGCAGAACAAUCUGCAGAAUCAGCAGACCGUCUACGUUGGACCGAACUACCUGGUUCUUCCAGGUAAUGGCGAAAGAGAUGGCAAUCCCGCUCGAGCAUGGGAUCCGGCGAGUGCGGAGAAUGAAGACGUUGGUCCACCUCGUCAACGGGGGUCUCUAAAUAAUGGUGAAGGUAGUACCAGCUCAUCUCGUCGUCCAUGGGUCCCUUCAUUCUCCGCACCACUGGCACGCCCGCCGUCGACAGCUUGGUCACCAGACCACGCACAAACAUCACAGCCUCGGAGAGCCUGGAGCGAUGGUAGCGGCGAUAGAACCGAGAAGUCUGCGCAGCGUCAACACUGGAGCGAUGGAAGCGGCAGUAGUAGAAUGCAAUCAUCGCUGAACAUGCACCCGCAGAAGUCCACAGAUCCUGGCUUCACACCCGACUUUUCUAGCUCGUCGUCGUCUUCAUCAUCUUCCUCGCCGAGCGAUCCCGAAGCAACCUCUGGAGGAAGUCAAACGCGACAAAGAUCGUCAUCUUCUCCUCAAAACCCAUUUCUCCCGCCCCGGGAAAUGCUGAGGCCCCGUUCAAGUGAGGAGUACCUAAGAGCUUACACGGCAUUCUUCUCUCCAACAGCGACGGCGACCACGGCGGCUAUGCCUUCGACAUCGCACCGGCAAAGCCAGCAGCCCAAAAUGUCGUCUUCACUGGAUUUAUCCUCUCAGUCCUCCUCGUCCUCCUCAUCCUCUUCUUCACCAGCCGCGGCAGACGGCGACCCCAACAUACCUCAUAUACUCAACAACUCUACCACAGUUGCAGCACCAUCAGCAGCAGACUCAGGUUUCCAUGACCUCGAGGCCCAACUCACACACCCACCCCCGCAGCGUCACCACCAUCGCAGCCGUCGCAACCACCUCCACGCCAAAAGCGCAUCUAUGCUGAAGCUCGGUCUCGGUCGCGGAAAAAAGACCGAAGAAGCCACCAGCAGAGAGAACAACGUAGUGACAGGGAGUGAAUUGGAAGGGCAAAGUCCGCUGCACACACCGAAUGGGUCUGGUCCAGCGAUGCCACGUAUAUGGAGCGGAACAGGGAUCUUGGAAGCCGUGGAUGGGGCUGUGACGUGGGGUGUUGACAAGAUGGUGAAGUGGACGGAGCAGGGGAGUGGAGACGAGGGGCUGUUGCUGCCACUUAGAGAUUGACGGGGUUUGGCUGGAAGAUGAGAACGGAUAGGCUGUGU